GACGAUUGAAGGAUGCAAAUCAUCGCAGAGUUCUGGAUGAAGCAACACGAAUGCGAAGACAAAAACGGCAACUAGAAGCACUUGAGCGAGAUAACUUUCAAGAUGAUCCCCAAGCUAAUUUAGUACUGGUCACAAAAAAGUUACCACAGUUUGAUGUACAGGAAGGAAACAUCAAGAAGAAAAAGAAAACAAGAGGUGAUCAUUAUAAACAGCGUUUUAGAAAGAAUUUCACUGCAUUACUUGAAGAAGAAUUAAUGAAUAUGCAAGAACCAUCAAACUAUCUGUCAGCUUGUGUACCGCCCUCUACAUUCCCAGAACGAAAAUUUUGUGCUGUUUGUGGAUAUCCUUUUCAGUUUAAUCUGUUUUUCCUUGACAUGUUCUAA